AUGUCUAUUUCUAUUAUCUAAAUCCUUUUCACUUUGUUUGAUAUUUCUAGUUCCUAAUAUCAAGUCUAUUCAAGCUUAUUAUUCUACGAUACACAAUUUACUGAACGCUAUGACUCAAUGGCAUACCUGUAUUCAGGAGGUUUUAUAAGGUCUUCAGAUUCAGGAACUCCUCAAUUUAUCAGUUGUGCCGCUCCAUUUACUGACUAUAUAACUCUUACUCAAUUAAAUCCAUCUGCUAAGACUUAAUAUACCUUCGCAUAAACGAAUAGAGAUUGGAUAUCUAUAGAUUUAUAUUUUCAGGGUACAUGGUCUUCUGAAAUGGUUAAUGUUGCUGUAGGAUCGUUUUCAUAUUCAUAUACUUACACAUCCCCUACUACUUAUACAAUGGCAACUGGAUUUUGCGACACUGCUCCUUUUGAAGUUAAAACGUUGAACUUUACACUAGCAUUAAGUACAACUAGAUAAUAAAUUAAAUUUACAUCCACAAAUUUAAAUAAUGGAAUGGUUUCGCUUAAAAAUUUGCAUGUCUCUUAACUAAAGUGCUACCCAUCCUGCUCUUCAUGCAUAGGACCUAAAUACAAUUAAUGUACCGGCUGCUAUUAUGGGGUUCCAGCAGACGACAUUUGUCCACCUUGCCCAUCAAAUUAAUACUAUUAGAGGAAUAUAGGAUGCAGGGAUAUUUGCGAUAUAGAUUCCCCAUUCUAUUCCAAUGGAUUUUGUUAAAGUUAUAAAACAUAUUUAAUAAGGGAGGCUGAAAUUAAAAACUCAGAUUAUAAAACUGAAAAUUCGAAUUGGUAUUUGAUAUAUGAUCAACAAUAUUUAGAUUUAACUCCAACUAUUAUUGAAAAUAAUUAUAAAGCAUUUGGAAUAUUUAAGUUUAAUUCAGGAAUUUAUAGAUAUAUCAGUAUAACACCUACUUUUUAAUCCACCUAUUUGAUUGGAUUGGAAAUUUCAAUUAUAGUUUAUAAUCAUAUUCCAGUUAAUUGUGGAAUAUAGUUUAAGAUUAAUAAUACUUAUUAUGGAUCUAUUUAUAGAAAUGGCUCUGGAUUGCAAACCAAUAAAUUAAAAAUCUCUUCAACAUAAGAUCUUGGAUCGUAUUUAACCUAUUCGUAAAGUAUAGGAUAUAAAUUGAUUUUAUAUGUUGAUAUUCCAAAUAAUACAUUUUUAUUUUCAGCAAUAGGAAAUUAUACAGAUAGCACAGCAGGAUGGGGAAUUAUGAAAAUCUAAAUUACUUCAGGAUAUUGUCCAGAAAAUUGUAAAUUGUGUGAAGUAUCUUUUAAAUGCAAGUCUUGUUCUGGUGGAUAUUAUUUUUAUCGAGACGGUAAAUGCAUAUGGGGGUGCUCAUUUUCAUAUUAGAAACUAGUUGGCUCAUAUUGCUAAGACUAUGAUGAAGAAACACCCUACUCUGAAUUUUUGGUUAAGGAAUAUAUUGAUCGGACAGGUGACCCAUGUUAAUAUGCAUAAUAUUCUUUAAUCUCUCAAAGUGGAUCAAACUUUUUAAAAGGAUCAGAUAUCUAUUUUUCAUAUUGGUAUGGAAAUAGAGUCUUUGGAGGACCUUUUGUAUGGGCGUAGGCUAAAUUCUAAAGGAUUCAUAAUAUAAUAACCCCCCAUCAUAGUGUUACUAUUGCAUUUUACAUUGUAUAUGGACCGUCAUUCCCAACAGAUGGGAGUUUUAUAUAUCAAAUUGAGAAUAAUACACCUGUUUCUAAAUCAACUACAAGUUAUUUUAAAACUUAUCCUGAUGGCUCAAAAGAGGAUAAAGUUUAUGAAAAAAUCACUCAUAACACAAAUACAUUAACAAUCUCUUGGGAAUGCUUUGGACCAAAUAAUGAACCAAUUAUGGCAUAUUGUGGAUUUUACAAUUAUAUUAUUGUUAUUCAUAAUUGCAAACCGUAUUGUUUAUAGUGUUCAGAUUAAUCUACCUGUACUUUGUGGAACAGUACAUAUGAUUCUAGUAUCAUUAAAUUUUCUUAAGCAGAGUGUUUGAAUAACCAAUAUUAUGAUAAAGAAUCUGUGAAAUGUUUAGAUUGCCCAUAAUCUUGUUUAACAUGCACAUCAAAAUUAGAUUGUUAAACAUGUUAAUCAACCUAUACUUAAUCUAAAUUAGGAUGUACUUGCACAAUACAUUAAUAUGAAGAAUCAAAUUAAUGUUUUGAUUGUCCAGUUGAAUGUAAUUAAUGCUUGACUUCUACUUAAUGUAUAGAAUGUUUAAUUACAAAUUAUAGACAAUUAUCAAAUGGGCAAUGUAAAUGUAUUGAUGGAUAUUAUCAAAUUGCAUCUAAUCCUUAAUGUAAGUUAUGUCAUUAAUUUUGUAAAACUUGUAUUGGACCAACUUCUGAUGACUGUGUAACAUGCAAUAAUAUUGCGAAUAUUGAAAAAGUAGGAUCAACGUGUAGAUGUCCAGCAGGGAAAUCUUAUUAAGAUGCUACACAAGCUUGCAUGUCUUGUCAUUCAUCUUGCUUAACUUGCUUUAGAUUGACAAUUGAUGGCUGUUUAACAUGUGAUUCCACUUUAAAUAGAAAAUUAAAAGGAUUAAAAUGUGUUUGUGCACCUGGGUAUUAUGAAUUAAAUAAUAGUUGUACAAAUUGUCCAAUAACAGAAGAUUCCUCUCUUAGUCAAUGUUAUAAAUUAUGUAAUAAUAAUUUAUAAUUAUGGCAUACUAUUACUUGUAGUUCUUGUGAUACUGGGUUUCAAUUAGUGUCUGGAGAAUGUCAACCCAUUUGCGGAGAUGGAUAAAUAAAAGGGCAUGAAUAAUGUGAAGAUAAUAAUACAAUUCUUAAUGAUUUAUGCUUUAAUUGUUAAUUUUAAUGUCCAGCCCAUUGCUUAACUUGUGUUUAAUCAACUACAUUGCCUUGUCCUGAUGUUUGUGGGGAUGGAAUUAUUACAGGAAUUGAACAAUGUGAGGAUGGAAAUACUAUUUAAUAUGACGGUUGCUAUAAUUGCCAAUAUUAAUGUUAGCCUUAUUGUACAAAGUGUAUAAAAGGACAAUGCUUUGAAUGUGCAACUGUUGGUUUCUAUAUUGAUCCAACUGUUAGUCCUUGGUAAUGCAAAGAAAAAUGUGGAGAUUUUCUAAUAGUUGGGAACGAAUAAUGCGAUGAUGGAAACACUUCUGAUACUGAUGGGUGUAAAGAUUGUAAGUAUUUCUGUAGAAUUGAUUGUGCGUCUUGUGAUUAUACAUCCAACAAAUGCUUAAGUUGUUAAUUGCCUGGAUUUGUUCCUAACUCUUACUAUUGUAAAAAUGUAUGUGGAGAUGGCAUAGUCGUAGUAGAUCCUUAUGGAUUCAAUACAGAGUAAUGUGAUGAUGGUAAUACAAUUAAUUAGGAUGGCUGCAGUAGCUCUUGUUCCUUUUAGUGUUAGCCAACAAGUAUUUGCACAAGUUGCAUAAGUAACAGAUGUGAAAUAUGCGCCACUGGAUAUUAUCUUUCUAAUUAAAAAUUAUGUAUACCAAUUUGUGGAGAUUUUUUAAGUGUGGUUGGUGAACAAUGUGAGCAUUCAUUUAUAUUACCAUAUAAAGGUUGUUAAAAUUGUUAAGCAAAAUGUCAAAAUUCUUGCCUUACUUGUGAUACUACUGGGCUUGGUUGUCUAGUAUGUCAACCAGGUUAUAAUAGAAUUGAUAAUUUAUGUUAUUCAAAUUGCGGCAAUAAAAUAAUAACCUAAGAUGAAUAAUGUGAUGAUGGCAAUUUAAUUUAUGGAGAUGGAUGUCAUUUCUGUCAAUUUAGUUGCCAGGAUUCAUGUCUUAAUUGUCUAAAAGGAAUCUGUUAUGAUUGUUAAGAAGGUUAUCAAUUAAUAUAAUCUAAAUGUUACUCAAUAUGCGGGGAUGGUCUUUAGAAAUAUAAAGAGCAAUGUGAUAUAAUUACUUCGUUGCAGAUUUAUAAAAAUUGUUAAUCUUGUGAAUUUAGAUGUGAUUUCAAUUGCUUCUAGUGUUAAUUCGGUGUGUGUUAACAAUGCAAAGACGGAUAUGAGUUAUCCUUAGACAAAGUGUAUUGUGUUAAGUCUCUAUAAUAUAAUCUUAUGAUAAUUGAAAACUGUGAUAUCCAAAUUGGGAACUAUUGUAUUAAAUGUUCAAAAUAUGCAUACUUUGAAAAAACAGAGUAGAAGUGCAAUUUAAAAGUUGCACCCUUAAGUUUCUGUCAAUAUUAACUUAAAUUAUCUCCUAAUUUAUAUUGCAGUUAUUGUUUUGAUUACUGUGCAACUUGUAAUUAAAAUAGUUGUAUAGAUUGUCAAAAUGGCUAUUAUUUAGAUAAAAACUUUACUUGUAUUUCAUAUUGUGGAGAUGGAAUACUCGCACAUGAUGAACAAUGUGAAAUUUAUGAUAAAAAUUGUUUAAGUUGCAUGUAUGUUGCUCCAAAAUUAUGUGAACUACAUUUUAAAGAUCAAUGCUUUUAAUGUGAAUAUGGCUUUUAUUUUAAUUUAUAUAGGCAUGCAUGUGAAUCUUAGUGUGGAGAUGGAAUUAUAGUUCAAGAUGAAGACUGUGAAGAUAAUAAUUAUAUAGAAUUUGAUGGUUGUUACAAUUGUAAAUAUUCUUGUAGUUAAUAAUGUAUAAAUUGUUUAAAAGGGAUAUGUUAAUAAUGUGAUCAACAUUUUUUACUUAGGGAUGGAUUUUGUUAUGGUUAACACAAACAAAUUGAUUUGUUUGGAGAAUGUUAAUUUAACUUAAAUGGAAAUUGUUUAGUUUGUAAGGAUGAAUAUCAGCUAAAUGAGUAUGGUGACUGUAUUCCUAAGUGUUCAGUAAGCUGUAUUCAUUGUUAUAAUGGUAAAUGUUAUUAAUGUGCAGAACAAUUUGAACUUAAUUAGAAUAGAUGCUUUUUAAUCUAGUAAUGUUAAAUAGGUUUUUAGUUAAAUUACGAUUUAUAAAUUUGUCAAUCUUCAUGUGGUGACGGAUAUAUAACUGGAUGGGAAGAAUGUGAUGAUUAAAACAUAGAAAAAUUUGAUGGUUGCUAUUAAUGCAAAUAUGAAUGUGAUGAUGAUUGUACUUAAUGUAUAUAUGUUGAAAAUAAAUGCUUAUCAAAAUGUUAAAACAUUUGUCUUAAUUGUAUCUAAGGAGCAUGUUAAUUAUGCAGUAGUGGUUAUUUCUUGAAUGAAUAUUUUAUUUGUAUCAAAAUUGACUGUGAGUAUGAUUUCAGUUGUACUUCAUAUUGUGGAAAUGGCAAAGUAGAAGAUAUGGAAUAGUGUGAUGAUCAAAAUCUAUUUAAUGAUGAUGAUUGUAACAAUUAUUGUGAAUAAACUUGUGAUGUUAAUUGUGCACGUUGCAUUGAAGGUGUUUGUUUAGAGUGCAAAGAAGGGUGGAAAUUAGAUUCAUACUUUUGUGAUCCGAUUUGUGGAGAUUUAAUUGUUGUUGGAAAUGAAGAAUGUGAUGACGGAAAUUAGAUUAGUUUUGAUGGGUGCUUUUUAUGUAAAUAUGAAUGUUCUCAAAACUGUGAAAGUUGUUUGUAUGGAAUAUGUCAAAUUUGUUAAAAUGAUUAUGAAUUUGAUUAAUUAAAUAAUUUAUGUAAACCAAUCCAACCCUUACUUAAAAAUUAUGAACAACUAAAUUGUCAAUUGUUAAAUAAUAACUAAUGUAUUCAUUGUUAAUUUGGAUAUCUUGAUUAGAUUACCAGCACUUGUAUAAUUGAUUAUAAUAUGAACAAAUGCUUUAAACAUUGUAAAGAAUGUGUACUUUCCAAAUGUUUAGAAUGUGAAUUUGGAUAUUAUGGAAACAAAUGUACGCCUAAAUGUGGAGAUGGUAUAAUAGUUUAAUAGGAGGAAUGUGAUGAUGGACGUGAAUACUAAUUAGAUAGAUGUUUAAAUUGUUCACACCAAUGUCCUCAAUAUUGUUAGUCAUGCGCUUAUGGCAUUUGUACUAAUUGUUUUUCAGGGUUCUAUUUGGAUGUUGUAAGUAAUUCAUGCAAUUCUGAUUGUGGUGAUUAAAUACUGGCAAGUGAUGAAGUUUGUGAUGAUGGCAAUUUAUUGGAAUACGAUGGUUGUUUCUAGUGUAAAUAUUAAUGUCAAGUUGAAUGUUUAGAUUGCUCAUUAGGAAAGUGUCUAUAAUGUGAACCACCUACAAUACUUCAAGAAUCAACUAAUUUUUGUCAAUAUCUAAAGUCAUGUGAAGAUGUAAUUGGAUUAUAUUAUGAUAAAGAAAGUAAUGAUUGCUUGCCAUAAUGUGGGGAUGGUAUUGUUGCAGGCAAUGAAUAUUGUGAUGAUGAAAAUAAUUUUCCUUUUGAUGGAUGUUAUGAAUGCAAAUUUUAAUGUACAAAAAGUUGCCAAGUAUGCAAAGAUGGUAUAUGCUUUGAAUGCGAUAAAGAUUAUACCUUAGAUAAUAACCAAUGUGUUUUGAAUAAAGAAUCUGACCAAAUUAAUUCUAGCAUUAACAACGAAGUCAAAAAUAAUGAUAAGACUAGUAACUUUACAAGUAGUAACAAUACAAGUGGUAACAAUAAAGGUGGUAACAAUAAAGGCAGUAACAAUGCAAGUAGUUACUAUACAAGUAGCUAAGGUUAAAAUCUAGAAAUUUCAUCAUUAAGUGAAAAUUUAAUAUGUCGUGAAAAUGAAUGCGCUUACUCUUUAAAACCGAAUAUGGUACUUAUUUAUAAAUAGCAAUCGUUUGCUCUUUAGUAUGUUGAAAUUACAUUUGAUUAACAGGUCAAAUUUAGAGAUUAGAUUGAAAAAGACAGAAAUCUAUUUGAUCUAAGCAUAGAAGAUUUAGAUUCCCAGUAUUAUAAUAUAACGAUCAAUUCAAUUUAAGAUAUCUCAUUUGAUCUUCAAAAUGCUUCGUAUUCGGUUUAAAUUGAAUUAUUUUUACAACUUUAAACAAAACCACUUCUUCUAGUUUAGUUGAAUCAAGAAGUUGUUAACUCAAACGAUUAAGCACUUUAUUCGUUUAAUUAGUCAAUUACUCUACAAACGCCAAAAAUAAUCUCAAAAUAAAUAAAAUAAGUAACUGUUUAUGCUUAAUAAUCCAAUAAAGCAUUUUUGAUUGGAGCAAUAUCUAUUUGUGCAAUUUCUUUAGUUUCUGGAGAAAGCUCUUUUGUUGUUGAAACCUUGAAUCUUUUGUAAUAUCAAUCUUUUUUAAGAUAUAUUAAUGUUGACUACCCUGAAAACCUCAAUGUAUAUUUUUAAGCAUAAGAAUUGCUAUCUGUAUCAUCUUAUCUUCAAUAUUUCUAAAUUGACGAUUAUUUAAAUUUAAUAACAAGAAAGGAAAAAUAAAUUGAUCUAAAUGGAAAAUUCUAAUAAUAUAAGAUAGAAGCCGAUCUUUUUACCAAUAUUUUACCAUAAUUAAUUUAAUUUAUAGGAUUUGUAACACUUAUUUAUUUUGCAGAGAAACUUUAUUUUAUAUUAUUUAGAUUAAGUUUAUAGAAGGAAUAUCUUUAAUAACAAGAAACCUAUUUCUCAAAGAUUAAAAUUGCAAUGAUUAAUUCAAUACUUGUUUUUUAAAAUUGCAUCAGAUAAUCAAUCAAAACGAAAUAUCUAUAGUAUUAUGAUUAAGUAAUUCAACUUAUUUACAUUAACUCAUGGGAUUUGAUAUUUAAAAUGAUUUUGUAGCUUCAUUAUCAUGAAAUCAACAAUUUGAGAAGCAUCUUAAGCACUUCUUUUGCAGGCUUAAUAUUCUUCUCAUAUAUAAACUUGUUAUUAAAACUCUUUAGCAUUUGCAACGAUGCUAAGGAAAAAAAUUAAAUAGCAAACCUAAAAAUAAAAUUUGUUGCCCUAGAUGUUUCCAGAACUAUGAUAUUCCAUAUCUUAUUAAUACUUUUCUAAGAAUAAUAAAUUUUGCAAUGCUUACUAAUAUCUAUCAGUAGUGUAACUCAGUGCAUUAUCAUAUACAAAUAUAAAUCAUGUUCUCAUUUGGAUAGGAUUUUAUUAUUAAUAAUUGAAGGUAUUUUAACACUAUUUAGUCUAAGUUUAUUUUUAUAUAUUGAUAUUGAUUUGGAUUAUUUCUCUUAUGAGAAAAAAGUUACUUUAGGCUUUAUUCAGAUGGCAUUUUUGAUUAUGAGUCUUGGAAUAGUUUUUGCAAAACAACUAUUCCUGAAAAUCUAAUUGGCUUUGAGAUUAAUAUGCAAGAAAAAGGAACUGAUAGUUUCAAAGAGCAAAUGA